AUGGAGGAGGCGCUGCUCUCCACCCCCAUCAACCCCAACAACUUCCCUGCCAAGCUGUGGCGGCUGGUGAACAGCCCCCGGUACCGCUCGAUCCGCUGGGACGGCCGCGGCGAGGGGCUGCUCAUCGACCAGCCGCUCUUCGAGGCCGAGCUGCUCAGCUCGCCCGGGGCGGGGGCCGGGGGCGGUGGCGUCGGCGGCGUCGGGGGCGCCGGGCCCGAGCCCGAGCUCUUCAAGACCACCAACUUCACCAGCUUCAUCCGCCAGCUCAACCUCUACGGCUUCCGCAAGGUGGUGCUGGGCGGGCCGGGCGCGGCGGGGCCCGGGCCGGGGCCGGGGGGCGGCGGGCCGGCGGGCGACGGGCCGCUCCACCACUUCCACAGCCCGCACUUCCGCCGCGACCAGCCGCAGCUGCUCGUGCACCUCAAGAGGCUCACCAGCGCCAACAAAGCCAAGCUGGCGGCCGGCCUGGAGGUGCCCUGCCGGCCGCCCAACCGCUUCCAGAGGCUCCUCAUCACGUCGGCCUCCGCCUCGGCCUCGGCCUCCACCUCCCCGCCGCAGCACCAGGAGGCGCCGCCGCCGCCCGCGGGGCCCUGGCCCGAGCCGCAGGGACCAGUGGCUGUAGGACAAUUCCACCGGUCGUUCCGGCGAGAUAGUUUGUCUCCUUACUCCUACGUAUCAACCUCAUCCCACAACCACAGUACUUUCCCUCUGAAAGGUUUAGAUCGGACCCCGAUUCCUCCUAGAACAUGGCAGAACUCUCUUGGAAUGCACCCAGGACAAGUGGAAACGUCUCCCACUUUUUCAGAUAAAGGGGUUCCAUUUCCUGUACUACAGAGGUUUCCAACUGAGGUUACAUAUACCCUGCAGCCCAGUGCCACAUCCGUACACGUUCAGCAAGGUCCUCAAACAAUGGUCAGCUCCUCCCAAAAAUAUAGUAACUACACACCCUCAGCGCAGUACUCCCAAGCCUACUAUCCAACAGCUGUGCUGCAGUGCUGCUCUCCUUCUACCCACAUGGACCCGCUCAGUAGUUGUGUGACCCCCACUGCCUCUUCCUAUGCACACUGCAACUACUUCCAGAAUCCUCCAAUGCAGUCUUCCUAUCCAGUUGAAUUUCUGCCUUCUAAUUGGCCUUGCAGUGCUACUGAUGAAAAUAAAAAGACAGAAGUAAACCUAGAGGCUGUUUUUCAAAUAGUAGAUGAAUUGCAUUCCUCCCCUAAAUUGGAGAUGGUAAAGGUGGAGCCUGUUGAGAAUCAGUGUUCAACAUCUCAGUCUAACAGAGGCCAACAUAUCCUAGCUAAUUCAAACAACAGCAAUCCAUCAUCCACAAGUCAGGCUAGCCAGUUGGAGCCACUUACUCCUGUAGGCUCAGAUAUUACGUCUUUUGUGGUCGGAACAGAACAAGCAAUUACCUGCUCUCUACCACAGUCACCUGAGUACAUCUAUACCAUCCACACAGCUCAGCCUGUUGAAAAUACUACAAUGCAGGAGUCUGCAGCCAACCAGCAAGCUCAUGUCAAACUGAAGGAGCAGCUAAGUCAUAAUCUGUCUCCAUCUUCAGUAGUAUUUGUGCAGGAAGGGCUGUCGUUCAGCACACACCAGGUGGAUGCCAGUAUAAAAUGCCAGACCAAUCCACCUGAGAAUAUCUUGCCUUCAGAACAAAUGGGAUUCCUUAUUUCAGAAAUGGGGCCUGCUAGCAAGCCUAGUAAAGACACAGGUUUAUCCACUCCACCCAGAUACAGAGAGCGAAGAAGCAACUCACAGCAAGGAAAGUCCCCUGAUCUUCAUCUGCUGGUGGAUGUGGCCUGCAAGCAGGAGCACUUUCCAAAGGAGGAAGAAUUAAAAGAAUGAGAAAUGGAUGACAAAUGUGACAUUGUGCACUAGCUGUAGCUGGAGGCAGAC